AUGUUUUUCUUUCCGGAUGAAAUGAAUGGCAUGCUCAACGACUUUGUGAGUGGAAUGCCUGGCGGCUUCCCCUUUGCGGGUGGGCGUCGUAGAAAACAAAGGGUUUCCUAUUCACUGCCUGUGACGUUAAGCGACCUGUACAAUGGCAAAUCGCUUUCACUUCCACAUACCCGCACCGUUGCAUGCGUCGUUUGUGAAGGGCGCGGCACGAAUAGGAAGAAGAACAGUGUCUGUCGGGUUUGCGAGGGUGGGGGGUCUCGCCCCAUUGUGCGCCAAAUGGGCAUGAUGAUGCAACAAAUGUCUGUCCCCUGCGACGCAUGUGGAGGGUCCGGCCUCAAGGUGGAUCCCAGGGACGUCUGUCGUGGGUGUCACGGAAGAAGAACGACGGAGGUGGAAUCCACGUUAACUGUGAGCGUGGAGCGUGGAAUGCACCAUCAGGAGGAGAUUGCCUUCCCUGGUGAGGGGAGCUUCGACCCGAACACUGGAGAGACUGGCGACAUUGUGAUUGUGUUGGAACAGGUGAAGGAUGAGACGUUUGUGCGUGAUGAGGACGACCUUCAGCUAACCCAUACGAUUACGGUGGCAGAGUCGCUCUGCGGUUUUCAGUUUAUCAUCAGGCACCUCGACGGUAGAGAUCUCAUAGUGCGACGGGAGCGGGGGGAAAUAACACGCCCUGGGGAGGUAAAAGUUGUGCUUGGGGAAGGCAUGCCACGGCGACAGCGUCCGGGCCAGUACGGCGACCUAGUAAUUAAAUUCAACGUCGCGUUUCCAGAGAGGCUGGAGCAGUCGCAGGUGGACGCCCUGCGGAAAGCGCUUCCACCUCCUAAAAGCGUGGAUCUGCAACAAUACGACGACGCGGAGGAGUGUUAUGUGUCGAGGGAGGACCUGGAUCACGUCCGCAGGGAGUUGGAAGAAGACGCGAGGGAGGAGGAUGAGGAGGGCCCAAGUGUGGGUUGUGCGGCGCAGUAG